UGUUCUUUUUCUGGAUGCCGAAACUGCACUGUCACUCAAAGCCCUGUUGAUUUUUCAUUGGCUUACCACUUCCUUCUCCUCCCCCUAUGACUGACAGUGGUGCUGAAAUGAUACCGUGGGAAAGCUUGGUUCUUUAAACGGGUGAACUGGUGGUGCAGUUGACACAAGUACUCUGACCAGGCGCACGAUAAAGGACUAGGAGAACCUUACUCAAGACAUCAAAAUGAAAAGAAAUCACGAUUUCAGCUCCUCGGACAGUGAGCUCGAUGAAAACAUUGAGGUAGAGAAAGAGAGUGCUGAUGAAAAUGGGAACCUCUGUUCUCCGCACGGAUCGAUGUCUCCCUCAACAUCGACUCAAGUACAGGCGAGGAAACGGCGUCGAGGAAUCAUUGAAAAGCGUCGCCGUGACAGGAUCAACAACAGCCUGUCUGAACUCCGCAGACUCGUGCCAAGCGCUUUUGAGAAGCAGGGCUCGGCGAAAUUGGAAAAGGCGGAGAUACUGCAGAUGACUGUCGAUCAUUUGAAGAUGCUUCAUGCCGCUGGAGGAAAAGGGUACUUUGAUGCCCACGCGCUGGCGAUGGAUUACCGGGGCCUGGGUUUCCGCGAGUGCCUGGCGGAGACGGCGCGCUACCUGAGCAUCAUCGAGGGGCUGGACAGCGCCGACCCGCUGCGCAUCCGCCUGGUCUCCCACCUCAACAGCUACGCCUCCCAGAGGGAGGUGCACUCGGGCCUGGGCCACCUGGCCUGGGGCUCGGCCUUCGGGACUCCGCCCGCCCACCUGGCGCACCACCUCCUCCUGCAGCACCAGCAACAGCCGGCCUCAGCCUCGCGCAGCUCCACCAGCAGCCCCCCUUCCUCCUCCUCUUCCUCCUCCACCUCCUCCUCCCCCUCCGCCUCCUCGUCCUCCUCUGAGCCCCACGCCCCCAGCCGGCUCGGCGGAGCAUCGCACCCCGAGGCGGGGCACGGGCCCCUCAGGAUGCCCCCGAACGCCGGCCUCCCCCCGGGCCUGCCGGUGGCCGCCUCCAAGCUCUCGCCUCCCCUGCUCUCCUCGCUCUCCUCCCUGUCGGCGUUCCCCUUCUCCUUCAGCGCAUUCCCGCUGCUCUCCCCCAGCGCCCUCAGCCCCUCCGGCCCCUCCGCCUCCCUGGGGAAGCCCUACCGGCCCUGGGGGAUGGAGAUCGGGGCUUUCUGAACUCUCCCCACCCCUCCCACCCUGAACUGAGCGCACCAGCUGAGCUGGGCUUCUCGUGAAAACAGCCAAAACAACAGGCGGCCAUUUUCUUUUUUUCUCUCUUGCUGUUUUUUAUUUUCUUUCUUCUUAUUUUUGGCAGUAGAGAGACGUAGAAUUACAGUUUUAGUAAUUCUCUUUCUUUGAACAAAAGAGGAAAGGACAAAACAGACUAAUUUACAGCAUCAUUGACUGCGUUUUUUUCAUUUUAUUUUGAGCAGUGAGGGUUUGGUGGGGUCUGCCCCCCUUCCACUGUUAGUGCCACUCCUAUUUUAAACUAAUCAAGGGUGGACUGCCCAGAUGGUCAAGCUGUUGCCCAUUUACUUCUGUGAAACUGUCCUCUUUGUCUCUGUGUUUAGCUGCGUGCUGCACUGCUACCUUUCCCGACUACUGAGAGGAAGGCGCAGACACUCUUGCAUAAUAAACCGUGGGCUGGAAUCGCCGAAAACCAACUGUUUAUAUAACGGUCCGUUUUUAAACAUUAUAUGCAAGUGACAUUGACUUGAAGAGUCAUGUGUGAAAUGUCAUCAUUUCGACAGAUUCUAUGCCAUCACCCUUGGGUUGCCAGCUUUGUGUCUUAAGAUUUAGACUUGACUCCUGGUUACGAUGCUGCAUUCAAUCAACUGGAAAACCCAGUCAGUUCUCUUAUGUGUUCCUAUGGUAUUAACUCACCAUAUUAACCUUCAAAGUCACUAUCCUGACUAACAAUAUUAUUUGAAUCUGUUGUUGCCAAUAGAGUGUAGUUUUGUAUUUCUCAAGUCAAGUAGUCGAUUUUUAUUUUUUCAAAAAGGAUUUCAUUUUUAGAAUUCUGUAUGCAUGUCUGAGACUUGCAAAGCUGAAUUUCAUUUUAUUGUAUAUAUUUAUGUCUAUAAAUAAGAUGUUAAAACACCUAAGGCCUUUUCCAGGUGCCUUGGAAUACACACUUUGAUCAAU